CCCUAUGUCCAAGGAGAGACUUAAAUCUACAAACAAGGAGACACGGAGGCCUGAGAAGCAGGUUCUCUAGUCCUAGGUCUUCUUGAGUGUUCUUUUGCAGGCUUUUCCGGAGACAGUUUGGUGAACACGUGGAUUGCAGUGAUUUCAGGCUGGCUCAGCCCAGCACGGCCCCUGAGUCAGCCUGUGUUGGAGGACAGGGCUGGGUCGUCCUGGCCCGACUGCCAGGAGCAGAGCAAAAGCUGUACUUCCUUUGUCAGCUGGACAUCGUGUACUUGGGACUGUGCCUUCCCUCAGGCUCCUGGGCUAUGUCUGCAGGCAGAGAUCAUUGGAGACAUUGCUAGGUUUGGAAGUUAGAUUCUGGACAUCUAGCAGGGAGAUAGGCAUGUGUAGAUUAUCAUAAGCAACAAGCUGAAUUGAAAUUGCUUCAGGGAAAAAAAAAAAGGACAUGUUCUUCUGUUAGUGUACUGGUUUACUGAAAUAGCUCUUGCCCUUUUCUCUGUGCCUUGACCAGUGCAGUCCAGAUUUAUCUGCAAGACAGGGCACAUUGGAAAAUUACAACUUACACAAGUGCAAAAGCAAGGUUUCAUUAGAGCAGUUUUGGUAAUUUAACUGAUAAGGCUCCUGGGCUGGUCCUGCAAGGGGAGAAAGUCCAACACUCCUGAGCAGAAGAGUCAGUUUAAUGUGCCUAUUGGCACAUUCUCUCAUUAUCACUCAUGUCUUGUGAUACGGAAGGAGAUUAUGAGACUCCCUUUGAUGCAGGGUUGUUAAAAUGGAGAAAUAGAGUAGUGCUGAUGAACAGAUACAUGUUUUUUAUAGUGAAUGUUUUCUGUCAAUUUAAAGCUCUAAUAAAUUAACCCUGCUUUUAUUUUGUACAGAUGUGUCACUUUACCCAAAGAAGUUCAGCUUUGUCGUUUCCAAAAAUAUGUAAUGUAUUUUGGCGGUUUCAUCAUACAAGUACAUCCCACUUGUGCAGCUGCAGUAAGACAGUUAGUGAUGAAAAAUACCAAGACCCUUUUCAACUUGGUAGAAAAGACUUGAAGAAUCUCUAUGAAGAUAUUAAAAAGGAAUUACUUGUUUCUGCAGCAGAACUUAAGGAAAUGUGUGAUUAUUACUUUGAUGGGAAAGGAAAGGCUUUUCGACCGAUGAUUGUGGUGCUAAUGGCUCGGGCUUGCAACAUUCACCAUAAUAAUUCCAAGGAGGUGCAAGCAAGCCAGCGCUCUGUGGCCAUAAUUGCUGAGAUGAUCCACACAGCCAGUCUAGUUCAUGAUGAUGUUAUUGAUGAUGCAAAUUCUCGCAGAGGAAAAAGGACACUUAAUCAAAUCUGGGGAGAGAGGAAGGCUGUUCUAGCUGGUGACUUCAUCCUCUCAGCUGCUUCUGUAGCUUUAGCCCGAAUUGGAAAUACUACUAUCGUCUCUGUUCUAACUCAGGUGAUUGAAGAUCUGGUGCGUGGUGAAUUCCUCCAGUUGGGUUCCAAGGAAAACGAGAAUGAGAGAUUUGCUCACUACCUCGAGAAGACUUUUAAGAAGACUGCGAGUCUUAUAGCAAACAGUUGUAAAGCAGUUUCAAUACUAGGCUGCCCUGAUCCCAAAGUUCAUGAGAUUGCAUAUCAGUAUGGAAAAAACGUUGGCAUAGCUUUUCAGCUAAUAGAUGACGUGCUGGAUUUUACAUCAUGUGCCGACCGUCUGGGGAAACCAACAGCAGCAGAUCUCAAGCUUGGAUUGGCCACAGGCCCUGUCUUGUUUGCUUGUCGACAGUUUCCAGAAAUGAAUGCUAUGAUAAUGAGGAGAUUCAGUAGGCCAGGAGAUGUUGAACGUGCUUGGAAAUAUGUGUUGCAGAGUGAUGGUGUGCAGCAGACAACCUACCUCGCCCAGCGCUACUGCCACGCGGCCACGCGAGAGAUCUGCAAACUGCGGCCGUCCCCCGAGAGGGAAGCCCUCGUCCACCUGACAGAAAUGGUUCUCAUGCGAGACAAGUGAGACAACUCCUUCCACUCGUCCUGGCAGCUACUUACCAGACUGUGCCUACAUCUAUUUCAAAAGUUAUUUGCUUCCAACACAGGCUACCAAAAAUUAUUUUUUUAAAAAAAACUUUUUUUUUUUUUUUUUUAAACAAAAGUUUGAAGUGUUUUACUGCGGGAAGCAAUGCAAUUCAGAGCAAAUCAAACUGUGCUGUACAAUUGUUUUAGUGGGGGGCUGUUGAUUGUGGGGGAUGGGGAAGAUGUUUACAUGUCGAUGCACAAAGGCCACAAUGAGAAUAAAUAUAAAUCAGUGUAUGAGAAC